AUGGACGUUGCCACGAAGCUUCGAGUGAUCCAUCCCUUGUUCACCUACGGCUUCCUUGAGAUGAGAGCGGAGUCCGGACAGGACUUCAUCCGAGCCCUGUCUGAACGAUGGCUUGGAAUGUUCCCAAAACCAAAGUAUCUGCUGCUAGAUUCGGCUAAGAGCUUUACGUCCGAACUGGUGCAUGACUUCCUGAGCGACAUCAAUGUGGUCCCCCACUACGUGGCUGAGAAGGAGAGCUGGGCCCAUGGAGUCAUUGAGGCCUCCAUGCAGGACAUCAAACACACGGCCUCAGCCAUACACUUGGAGGACCUGUCUCAAGAUCCUGUGGUGACCUUGCAGCUGACGGCGUCUGCCCUGAAUGCUACGGAAACCACAGCUGGCUUUUCAGCCAAUCAAUGGGCAUUCGGUUCAGAGUACUGCGUAACGGAUGAGGACAUCAGGACCUACGAGACGGUGGAGCCUCGCAUCGAGUUCACGAAGCUCAUCACGGCGCGGCUCAAGGCCGAGGAGAUCGCCAAGGCAAGUCGGGGCAAGCGAGUCCUGUCCAGGCUCGCAAACACAACCGUGAGGCAGCCCUUGCGGACCUACAACCCCAUGGACUUGGUGAAGGUUUGGCGGAAGGAAGGCCACAUUGGAUUGGACCCGGCAGAGUGGUGUUUCAUGAAGUUCUACCACACCAGGCCAGUGACAGAGACGGAACGGUUUGAGUUUGAGACCAGCAAGACCGAGGACCCUACGAAGUGGAAGACGCUGGCCGACAUAGUGCCGACGCGAGA